AUGAAUUCAAUCAAACGACAAUCGAGUACUGAUGAAUUAUACGGUGGGACUUCAAAGAAAUUAUCCAUGAUGUUAGAGGAAAAAAGUAAAUCGAUCAUCAAUAUUGAAGCUCUCUCAAAUGAAAUUUUCUAUGAAAUCUUUGAAUAUCUUGAUGGUUGUCAUAUAUAUAAAGCGUUUUCUAAUCUCAAUACUCGUUUUCAACAAUUCUUCAUUAAUCCAUUUAUUCCUCUUAAAUUUAAACUUUUUGCAUAUGAAAAAUCAGAUCUUGAAGAUCUUUAUAAAUAUAUGAUUAUUCCAAACAAACAUAUAGUUAUUUCACUUUCAUUAUUGAAUGUAUUAACUGUUAAGCAAUUUUUUUCUUUGUACAACAUUGAUUUUUCCUUCAAUCGCCUCCAGUCGCUUGUUUUACAUGGAAUUAAAUUAGAUAAACUUCUACCUCUUUUACUUGGUUUAACUUGUUUACCUCAGUUUUUUUCAUUAUUUAUUUAUCUCGAUGAUAAUUCAAAAGAUCUUACUGAUUUAUAUCAAUUAAUAUUUAAUUUACCAUUCUUAAAUUAUAAUAAACUUGUAUCAAAUUCACAUAGAAGAUUGAUUUCAUUACCUAUUGAUGAUAUUCAACAAUUUACUAAUAUUAAAUAUCUAUUUAUUAAUCAUUAUUGUACUUGUGAUAAUUUAUUUGAUAUAUUGUUAUAUACACCUCAACUUUCUCGACUAAAUGUGAAAUAUUUAUGUCAAGUACAUGAUAUCAUUCCGAAUGAAAUGCCCAUAAUAUUAUCUAAUUUAACACAUAUAACUAUCGAAGAAUUGGAUUUGCCUUUUGAUGUAUUCGAAAUAUUCAUCACGGAAAUCACUUCUACAUUACAAGUGUUAUCUAUCGGUAUAAAAUCUAUAAAUUUUACUUAUCUCAAUGCUAAUCGAUGGGAACAAUUAAUAUCACAACAUAUACCUUAUUUAAGCAAAUUUCACUUUGAAUAUUAUGAAAAGAUACCAAGUUUGUCUAAUGAGCAUCAUAAUCUACUUAAACAAUUUACAACAUUUUUUUGGAUUAAACAACAAUUGUUCUUUGAAAUUCACAUCGAUACGGCUGAAUGGAGUGUUGAAGAAAUUAUCUUUUCCAUUCAUCCAUAUAGACUUCCUGAUUUGCAUCCAGAACACGUGCUCAAUUCUUCCAUACUAUCUUCUCAAGGUAUUCAGCUUGUUAUUAGCAGUAUUGAUGAAAGAGAUCAUGACUUUUUACUCAAUGAUUAUAUAAAAUCUAUUAUUACUUCAACUAACAUUACGUGUUUAACUAUAAAUAGUAAUAUGGUAUCUUCUUGUGUAUUGAUCGAAAUGUUGGAAAUUUUACACAAUCUUGAUUCAUUGACAAUUUUAUAUUCGAGUCGGUUAUUAAAAUCACAUGGAUGCAGUCAAAAAUCAAAACAUCAUAAUUUAUCGACUACUACGAAUAUUACAAAAGUCAAUAUGUGUCAUGUGACAAAAAUCGAACAAGUCAAUUUUAUUCUUAAGUUUUGUUCUCAUAUCCAACAUUUACAAAUAGAAUGUACAAAUGAUAUUGAACUAUCAUCACUUAUUCGAUUUAUUUUUAUUGAAAAGAAUGCAUAUAUUAAAGAUCUUGUUUCAUUAUGUUUAUGGAUAUGGAAAGUAAAUGAUGAUAUGAUUCAAAUAUUACCGACAAUAGUUGAUGAUGAACAAAUACUUCAUCAAUAUAGAAUUGAACAUAUAAAUGAUAAAAUUUAUUUACAAUUGAAUGUACUUUAA